AAAAAGUACAGUAAUUUCACCUACCUGCCUCUUUAAGAUUUCUAUUUCUUUAUCCAAGCUUUAUUAACUUGAACACGAAGGCACGUAAUCUUACUGAGACAGCAGAAGGAAUACACAGAGAGAGCCCAAUCUUUUUCUCUGACCAGAGCCAACCCAUGAAGAGUGAGUGCUCUCAGCCGCAUACAAGUAAGUAAAUAUGUGCUAAUGGAAAUGAUGUGACCUACUGGCACCUAUAAGUACUCUUACAUAGACAGCCAUGAUAAUAAAGUAUAUACACAUUAAUUGGAAAAUUUUCUAAGUACUUUGCAUUUGAACAAUGAAAAUCAAGUACGAGGGAAAAAAGGUGAAACACAAUUGUGAUUUAUGCUAUUCACUAUAACCAAGCCACCAAAUCGGGUCAUUUUGAAUGUGUUUUGAAAUUACUUGCUUUAUUUGUUUCAGAAUACUGUGGAAAAAAUGUAUGCCAGUCGAGAGGAUAUUGGAUAUGAUUUUGGAGGUGACUCAAAAGUUGGAAGUAAGCCAAUUAAGCCUAAUCCAAACAUCGAUGGAGGAUGGGCUUGGAUGAUUGUAUUUUCCUCUUUCCUUGUGCACAUACUUAUCAUGGGGUCCCAAAUGGCUCUUGGAAUACUCAACAUGGAAUGGCUUGAAGAGUUUAAUCAAAGUCGUGGCUUAACAGCAUGGGUUAGCUCUCUUAGCAUGGGCAUUACACUUAUUGUAGGUCCUUUCAUUGGUUUAUUCAUUACCAUGUGUGGGUGCCGCAAAACAGCAAUAAUUGGAGGGAUAUUGAAUGCCCUAGGCUGGAUAUUGAGUGCCUAUGCCUCAAAUGUGCACUACCUCUUCCUUACAUUUGGAGUGACAGCCGGCAUCGGGAGUGGCAUGGUUUAUCUGCCUGCAGUGGUCAUGGUAGGACAAUAUUUUCAGAAGAGAAGAGCACUUGCACAAGGACUCAGUACCACAGGAACGGGGUUUGGAGCUUUCUUAAUGACAGCCUUACUGAAGUACCUCUGCAGGGAGUUUGGGUGGAGAGAUGCCAUGUUCAUCCAGGGUGCAAUCUGCCUGAACCUUUGUGUCUGCGGGGCACUUAUGAGACCACUUUCUCCCAAAGACGUUAAUGAAAAGUAUGUUGUAACACGUAAUAGUGAAGAUCAUCAGGCAAAAUCUCUGUCCCAUUCUGCAGAGACUAUAAAAUCCAAUGGAGUCGUCAGUGAAGAACCAGAAAAAAAGGAAGUGAUAAAAAAUGAAGAAGUGCUUGAUGAUAUUAAGCACAUAGAAAUUGGAGGUAAAUCUCGGAUUGGAAAGAGCAUGUAUGGACUGCGCAUUCUUAAGACAGUGAGCCAGCUGACAGUUACAGUCAAGAAGGGCUUUGGAAUCUGGUACUCCAGUUACUUCGGAGCUGCAUCACUGUUCACCAACAGAGUAUUUGUGGCCUUUAUAAUCUGGGCUUUGUUUGCCUACAGCAGCUUUGUCAUUCCCUUUAUUCAUCUUCCAGAGAUAGUCAAGCAGUACAAUUUAUCUAGUCAGAACAAUAUAUUUCCUUUGACGUCCAUUAUAGCAAUUGUUCAUAUUUUUGGUAAAGUGAUCCUUGGAAUCAUCUCUGAUCUCCCUUGCAUCAGCACUUGGAAUGUCUUCCUCAUGGCUAACUUCACCCUGGUCACCUGCAUUCUUACUUUGCCACUAAUGCAGACAUACAUUAGUUUGGCUGUAGUUUGUGCUCUAAUAGGAUUUUCUAGUGGCUAUUUUUCUCUAAUGCCUGUUGUGACUGAAGAUUUGGUUGGAACUAAACACCUUGCAAAUGCCUAUGGCAUCAUCAUUUGUGCCAAUGGAAUAUCUGCACUGCUUGGACCACCCUUUGCAGGUUGGAUCUAUGACAUCACACAUAAAUAUGAUUUUUCUUUUUAUAUAUGUGGCUCACUAUAUAUGGUGGGAAUAUUAUUUUUAUUUAUGCAACCUUAUAUUGGAAAGAAACAAUCACAAGAAAAAUCUACCGAAGAGGCACAAGUAUAGAACAAAUUCCAGAUUUGUUUGUUUUUUUUUUUUUACACAAUUUAUUUCUUUCCAUGUUUCUAUUGCAUGCAGUUUAAAGCUGUUUUUCUUAAGGAACCAACCACAUUGAGCUGUGCUUAAGUACUUACGUGAAAGGAAAAUGUGCAGCAAAAUUAUAAUAAUUUAUUAGAAAUAUGCUUUUAAAGUGACGUAAGAUCUUUAGUACAAACAAUUAUAGAGUUUAAAAGCACACUGACAGUCUUAAAAUUGGAGCAAUGUUAGAAAUAUUUACUUUUGAUUCUCUUAACUUUUCACCACUAACCUUUGGUGAAACUCCAUUGACUGCAGUGCAGUUACUUCUGAUUUACACGAGUCCUGUAAGACAAUUUGAUCAGGAUGCAAAUGAUUUAUAAAAAUCCUUCCUACUGAGUAUCCUAUCUGAUAAAAGAUGAGUUAGUACAUAUAAGAAAAUGAUUGUAUUUCUUACCUGGCUAGUCCAGUACUGCUGAAAUUCUAGUACAACACUUCAAUGAGUUCAAUAUAUGAAAAUUCAAGAUUCUAUGAUGCAAAGCUGAAGAAAAAUUCUUAUGUUUUUCUGAAAGGGCUCUCUACUUGAACAAUUUUUUUUUUUUUUUAAUUAUCAAGUGCGUGAUAAAUUAGCCAUCCUCAAUAUGUGGGCUGUAUUAUACGUGCUCUGACACUUAAUGCACCUGAAGGAAAACAAACAGAAAAGCAAAACCAGAAAACUGAUGGAAAAUAUUAAUUUAAUUCUUCAACAGAAAUGAUAAGCAGCAAAAGCUGAUGAUCUAUUACACCAGUUCCACACGCAUGAGUUACCACAUUCAGAUAGACUGAUUUCUGCUUUCAGAUUUGACUUCUCCAGCAGUUACUCAUGAUCUAUGUUGAUGGAAUUGAGAACAGAAUAUGGAACUGUGUAUACAGUUUUCUAGUUCUGCUCACUGAAAUUCAGCUCUUUCAUUGUGACAACAUCCAACGUAUGUUGGAUUUCACUGUAGCUGUGUUAACUGUCCUAGAGCUGGUGAUCAUACCUGUAUCAGGUAGAGAUACCUGACACAAUAAGAAAAGCCUUCUGUAUUUUUAGAAAUACAGAAAUUUUUAUUUAUGCUUUGAAAAGUUAAACUUGAUCUGACUUUUGUCUGUGGUCUUUUAUGAUGGAAAAAUAAUUUAUUUAAAUGAAUAAUAGCCCCUUCAUUGUAAAACAAAACAAAACAAACCAGUAUAUUUAAGGGAGCAAAUGCUAUUGUUAUGGCAUAUCCAGGUUCUUACAGGUUCUUAAGCCUGCCUUGUUGUUUGAGACCUUACGGUGAAAGCAUCACAUCACAGACUGGAAAAUACUUCCAGAAACAGUUUGACCUUUCUGGCCACUGUCUGGCUGGGACAAGUAAGCCGUACUACAGAAACAGAGCUGGGCAAAACUGGCCAAAUACAGCGUAAGAAAGAACUGAACUACAGCAUGCUAAAUUUUGUUACAAUUAACUUCAGAAUAAAAACUGUAGAACUAUGAACACUUGUGUUGCUGCAUACAAGUACACCAUGAACUGCCUAAGACUGGUCAUGUUUUAGAUGUUUACUCACUAGCAAAUUAGAUAACACAAAGCAUGGAAGAACUCCAGUCAAUUUAAAAUAUUUAAAUAAAUUUUCUUAAACAACAUUAAUGCAGAAUGUUUUGAAUAAUAUCUACAUCAUAUAUCUCAGCUUUGACAGGUGAGCCUGAUGUUAGUUUUCCUAUAUGAAAUAAAUGUUAUUGUUUCUUUUUCCUGCUUGCUUCACGAAUGCUUUUUCAUGACAUUACUACUGAUACAUGCCACUUGAAUUCUCCAAAAGCAAUCAACAUUUUUCAGUUGUAUUGAAGAAAUAUUUAAAAUAGUUCUUGAGGUGAAAACCUCAAGAAAACCCAAAACUAUCUAAAGAUUUAGAUAAUUGAUAUUAUAUGUAUGGCCUUUAAAAUCCACAUUAAAACAAUUGAGGUGGCAGUGAACUGCAACAUGUGGCAUGAAUAAGCAGCCAGUUUAUUUCUUAAAAUCAGACUUUUUUGCUGAAGAAAAUAUUCAUGUAAACUACACCAACAUCAGUUCUUUAGUCACAGGUUUAAUGUCUUGGUGUAAAUGCCAUUGCUAACUUAUUUUAGCUGAGCUCUCUUUCAUUGGUGAAAUAUAUGUAUUAUAGUGAUAAUUUGCCUCAAUUUCCUUCUAUUUUUUGAAAGAUAUAUAGUAACUAUACUUAAAACCUCACUUUGCCUUUUGUUAAAAUCAACUUUAUUUGCAUAUUACUGUAAUGAAUAUGUUGUUCAUUUAUAUCAGCAAAUUACCUUCCUAUACAAGUCCUUAAUGAGCCAUACAAUGGGAAUAAACAUUUAAUACCCCAAAUUUUACUUGCUGUUCAUUUACUAGUUAGGUUCACUUCUUAAGCUUAAAACUGAAGAUUCUCCUGCAAAAUGAUUGCUCACAUUUCUUGUAACAGACGAUGGGGAUACAAGACUGAUCAAAGAGAUAAGAAAGUGGGCUGAGUGAAAACAGUGAAAUGAGGAUACCGAAUUACUAUUAACUCAGCCCAUACUGACUAGUGUGGGUUCUAGUUUCCUAACCUGAAACUGCCUAAAAUCACUUAUGUUACAAACUAACAAAGAAUUAACUGGUGGUAAAUUCACAGAAAGUGAGAACAACGAAGGUCUGUUUAGUAGCUCUAUUCUCAGUUCUUAAAAUCAUUCUAUAAAGCAAAGUUACCUUUUACAGCGUUUUAUUACAGAACAGAAAUUUCAUGAAUACUGCACUUUAUGCACGUCAUGAUUUUUUUGUCAUUGUCCUGAAAUGAGAAUGGCAUGAGGAGAAAAGACUGUAAGUAUUUAAAGUGAAAUUUUUCUACCUAAAACACUACAGGUGCCAAGUUCUUCAAGAAUAUUGGUACAUAGCUGUAGAACAGGAAAACAGGAAAAGAGUUUGCAUCAUUGUCUACACCUGGCUAUUUUCAGUGAUAGCAGACAUUGUAACUGGUUCUUCUCCCAGAUAUUCCUGUUCUCUGUAUGUGUAACUGCCAUGACUUACAUGGAGUGAUACUAGAUUUCUCCAGUGUAAGUUGCAGGUAUUGCUGGGACAAGGGCUAAUAGCUUUCAACUAAAAGAAAGCAGUUUAGAUUAAACUUUAGGAAGAAAUUCUUCAUUGUGAGAGCGGCGAGGCCCUGGCA